UCAGAAAUUAGAAACGAGUCUGUACGCUUACGAUGACUUGUAUUACAAGAUGGUGCUCAACGUCACGCUGGAUCUCGGUGUGCCCACAGUGGGGAAUAUCAGCAAGACCAUCUACCUCAAACUGGAGCACACAGGCCAGGCACUGCCCAUUGACGUGAACAUGGGAAAAGUAAUACCCAUCACUGACGAACACCUGACACACACAAGCGCACAUCCAGACAUGUUUAGACGCAACCCGACUGCUGCGGAUGUGCGCAGGACGAGUGGUGGUGAACGCGCCAGUCGACGUACACGCGAGCGAGUGAUUGGCAGGGCAAGGGAGCACACCCGAGCAAUGUCACGCGAAGGAAUGCUUAGAGAACGCGACAUGGGUUACCGUGUAUUUAGAGCGCGUGCACGAGAGAUGCGCCAGGCUCAUGACACUCCUCCUGCGGACGCUGAAACGGCUCAGCCAGGUUUAGAGCUACGCGUGCUGGCACAUUCGUGUGUGCAGGUCAACAGCACAGACAACGCGAACGGGCCGGCUGUGUGGACACUCACCACUUUCAAUAGCACCAGUAACGGCACUGGCUGCCGUCCAAAUCAUUGGGGUUAUUGGGCCAACGAACGCCUAUAUCGCGAUGUAACGAACACCACACGGGACAUAUUUGAGAAAGCAUUGGAAGACGCUACUACGGAUGGAACUCAUGAGAAUGUGCAGAUUGUGGUCACCACGGUGCUCUACGUACGCCACACCCUCGACCCCGAGAUACAAAUCAAUGCAAUGGAUACAGAACUGUGGAUGACCGCCGAGGAGAAGGAUCACGUGGCCGACAAGCUGCACACACUGGCCGUCAAGUGUCUGGCUAUCACGUGCUUGUUUACGGUUGUUAUUAUAAUGUAUAGACACCGCAAGAAAAGGCAACGCAGGGCCUACCAUGGGCUACAGUCUCAGCUGGUAUUCGAGGAACAGAAUGCAUUCAGUGCUGGUACGCAAUAGAUUGACGUAUUCUGAUUGUUGAGCACUGCUAGUUGUCCAUGGGAGUAUGCUGCUGAGGAUGUGAUCCGUGAGUACAAUAUCCGAGUAAUCUGAAAUAGGUUUUUAAAGUUUAGGGUUUCAAGCUUUAGGGUUUGGCCAUCCAAAAUAGAACGUAGGCAUAGUCGAUGCGCCCUUGAAAAAGUAAGGCAUCAUUGUUGAUUUUAUGAGUGUAUCAACACUUUUUUGACGGAUUGGUGCCCCCACUAACUCUAACUACGGGAUGAAGUCCAUAUUCCACAAAGCGGCGCUUCACAUCGUUUUCGCCACCCGUAAGAUUAGUGAUUUUAAACAUACAGUACAUAUCGCGGCCAUGCGGAAGAGUAAUGCCUAAUGACUUUAUAGCUACAUAACACACGAUUCUAUUCUAUUUUGGCUGCUCGCUUUGCAGGCACAACUCUUUGGCACGGUUCACUGGGACUAUCAUUCCACUUGUGCGAGAAAAUAAA